CUACAAUACUUCAAUGUCUCAUACCUAGUUGUCUCCUCAUAACAUAGACCGGCUCUCCUUGUUAACCUUAUCGAGCCACGUGAACUCUUGAUAUUCGAUUUCCGCGGACAAACCUCGCACUCAGCAAAGAUGGAAGGAUUAGUGGACCCAGAGACGAUUUAUAUGAAGCAGAAUUGUAUUGGCGGUGGGAGCUUCGGGCGUGUCUACAAAGGGGUUGAUAAGCGGACCGGCUCCUCUGUCGCAAUCAAGAUUAUCGACGUGGAAAAUGCUGAAGACGAAGUUGAAGACAUCAUCCAGGAAAUCGCGAUCUUGUCUGAACUCAAUUCUCCAUAUGUGACGAGGUAUCAUGGCUCUUUUUUGAAAGGUUCAAGCUUAUGGAUCGUCAUGGAAUUCUGCUCUGGGGGCAGUUGUUCUGAUUUGAUGCGCCCGGGCACGAUUCCUGAGGAGUAUAUCAUGAUUAUUCUCAAGGAGCUUCUUCGGGGAUUGGACUAUCUUCACAGCGAUAAGAAGCUGCACCGUGAUGUGAAAGCUGCAAACAUACUUCUAACCUCGAGCGGCCAGGUAAAAUUGGCGGACUUCGGCGUGUCUGGCCAACUAACGGCAACUAUGACUAAAAAGAAUACCUUCGUAGGCACUCCGUUUUGGAUGGCCCCAGAGGUAAUCAAGCAAUCGGGGUACGAUUAUAAGGCGGAUAUCUGGUCCCUCGGUAUCACAGCAAUUGAGCUAGCCAAUGGAGAGCCCCCUUACUCUGAUAUUCAUCCCAUGAAAGUUUUAUUUUUAAUCCCCAAGAACCCUCCCCCUGUUUUGCAAGGAAACUAUAGCAAAGCUUUCAAGAACUUUGUUGAGCUAUGCCUGCGCCGCGAUCCUAGAGAACGGCCAUCAGCUAGGGAAUUACUUGAACAUCCAUUUAUCAAAAGGGCGAAGAAGACAAAUUACCUCACGGAGCUAAUUGAACGCUAUGAGCGUUGGCACGCGGUCUAUGGUAACAAAAGUGCUGAUGACGAGGAAGAAGCUUCGCAUGAACCUCCACUACAGCCCGCAAACACUGAAGACGAUGAUCUUUGGGAUUUCGGGACCGUUCGCCCCGCAGGACGGGGCCCUGGUUUAAAGCCUAUGAAAGAAGCAGACAUGAACACACGGGGUCACGAAUCUCCAGAGUGGGAACCCAAAGAUCGACCGCAAAAAGAAUCGGUGGAAGCAAACGGCAACAACCCACAAAGGCCUGCACAAAUAAAGAAUAUCCAAGCCGCUGCAUCAAAGCCAUCGUCUCCUACAAAGGUUCCUUUGCCACCAUCACCAGUGAAACAAGGGCCAUCAGAGGUCAAGCCUCGAACACCUUCUCAUCUCCAGAAACCAGCUCCUCAACAGCUCAAAGAGAGUCCUGGGAGCGAAUACGAUAAAGCUCUACAACAGUCCUUAGCUCAAGACAUAUCUUUUCUUCAUAUCGACGCUUCUCCAGAAAGUCCAUCCCCCUCAGUAAAAAGUCGAAGUGCUAUUCCGGUCCCACAAGAACCUAGAAAAGUCAACACACCUCGCUCUUCGGGGGUGCCCUCACAUCAAGAACACUUGCCGGCACAGCACUUGCGGCGUCCUUCAGACCAAAGUUCCCGACCUGCAGUCGAACCCCGUCCCCAACACCAAGCAUUCCAGCCACAUCCUCGCCCGCCACCAAUACCAAGACACGCAUCUCCCCAGCCACAACGACUCCCGCAAACACCGAUGCAACCGCCUGGUCUUGGGCAUAGUUUCAAUCAGAUCCAUAGGGGCACGGAUUCCCAUCAACAGGCUACUGGUGGAGCACCGCCAUCAAACGAGGUUACGGCUCUGAAUAGCGUUCUUUUACCUGCUCUAAAGGCAGCCAUUCGCCGUCGGGCCCGUCGCCUAGAACUUCUUUCGCGAAACGCUAGUAUAGAAAAUGGCCAAUCCAGGAUGGAAACAUACGAACUGCAAUCAAAUCGCGAAUACGUCCAGCAAAUGAUGGAGUCUCUCGUGAACGACCUGAGCGGUAUAUUUACGAGGAUUGAGCGCUGGGACAACGAAGCACCCGUCGGAAUGGGCGCAGACGUCUCUUCAUUCUUAGAAGGAUUUCUUGAAGAGGUACUUGUCAGAAUUGAGCCGGCUGAUGAAGAACCUUCGACUUCCAGAACCUGAAAGCAAGGCGCUUACGUUCCUUCCAUUAACCAUUUCGACGAUUUCUUAUGUUUAGCUCUAUACACUAGAAGCUGAUAGUGCACCAAGGUUUGGUCUUCUUCGGGCUUGAGAUUUUCAUAAAAGAAGCUCAUUGUCCAAGUGCUUGUCUUGAACUGUUGUUGAAACACGAUACAUCCAGAGUCAGAUACCGUUCCAUGGUGUUUGAAUACGCCUCUUACGAUACGUGAAAUGCAUUCUUGCUUGUUUGAGCAUUCGUUUUCUUCGAAUUUGAAUUGUCCGGGCUGGAUCCUAAUUUGAAUACUGAGUUGCUUUGUGGGGAUUCUAUGGACUUCUCUUUCCUUUUUCUUUCCAAUCUUGUCUUCCUACUUCCUUGGAUUGCACUUGUACAUACGAUGAAUUAUUGAAAUACUCUCUUUAUUGUACAAGUGCCUUGAGGUGUUUCAGGCAUCAAAAGAUGAUCAUA